ACCCCCUUAUAUAUAUACACACACUAAAAGGUUAAAUUAAAACCUCCCACACAAACUUCAUUUUUCUGAGAUUCAAAUAACAGAUACGUAAUCGGAGAUGUUGAUCUUCAUUUGAUUAAUUACAUACAUCAUACUCUCAAAGAAUUUUUAAACAAUAAUUUGAUCAUAGGUAGAUAGCAUCCAUCUGUGAAAGUAUGGGAAACUGCUGUAAGCCGGCAUCAUCAAUGGAGUGGGACGGUGAAGACUGGAGUGAUUUGACGUCCAAGAAGACGAGAUCAAGCAAGGUGUUUGAAGAAGCUCAUACUCAUGGUCAUGGUCAUUGGUUGAAUUUAGGGAAAGUGCAGAAGGAAAAGCUUAUGGAAGCACUAAGAGUUUCUCCUAAUGCCAACGGGAAGGUGAAGAUAAAGAUUUCAAAGAAAGAGUUGGCAGAAUUGUUGGAGAAGCAACAACAUGUUAAUAAGAAGCAAGUAGGGAGAGCUUCUGCAGAACAAGUUUUACUUCGCCUAAUAAACGCAAGAGAUCAUGACGCUCGUCACAGAUUAUGGAGGCCCGAGCUAGAGAGUAUUCCUGAGCAAGGUUAGUUGAUUGAUGAUGAUGAGAUCGAUCGACUAGUUGUGCUCAAGGGUUGCAUACAUAUAUAUAUAUAUUAGUCAGUAUUUGUAUACCUAAGAAAUCCAGCAUUUCUUUUCCAACCUUUUCAUGUAAAAUAACUGGAUUGAGGUUGGAGGAUUUGUAAUUGAUCAGUUCAUUAUUUCUGCCAGUGAAUAAGUGUUCUUGUCUUUGUCUUGUGUGUGAAACCAGAUCAAAAAUAUAUAUAUAAAAGUUUCCUCUUCAUGAUUGAUCA